AUGGCUUCGGCAACGGGUGUCCCAGAGGAGAACCCCGCGUUACAAGAGGAAGAACCGCUCCUCGGGCGCCCUGGCGAUGUCACCCAGAAGCCAGGACAAGGGCUGCAGUUCAAUCUGGUCACCGGCACUGCAAUCCUCGCUCAAGCAGGCAUAUGGAUCCUUGCCGCCCUCGUAUGGGCUGCCAUCUUCGAGAACAACUUUAUCUUCUUCUCGUACCAUCCUCUUCUCAACUCGGCCGCCACACUCCUUUUUGUCCAGGGCACGCUCGUGCUGCAGCCGACAGCAUUGCAGAAAGACAAGAUACACGGAACAUAUGCGCAUUCUGUAUUCAAUACGUUGGGAGUAGCAGGCUUGAUCGCAGGCUUGGUGGUUAUUGAGUUGAACAAGGCCUCGCAUCCAGAGACCAGAUUCACCAGUAUCCACGGCAAGCUGGGCCUGGUCGCGUACAUACUCAUUUUCAUUCAAUGGCUCGUUGGGUUUGCACAGUUCUUCGUACCUCGACUGUUUGGCGGCGUCGACAGUGCAAAGGCAAUUUACAAGUACCAUAGAGUAUCAGGGUACGUCCUGCAAGUAUACAUGCUGGCCGUAAUCGCUGCAGCCACGCAGACCGCCUUCAACAAGAACGUUCUGCACAUCAAGCUGUGGGCCGUCAUUGUCGCGAGUGUCUUGGUCUUGGCUGGUGUCCUUCCACGCAUCAAGAAGCAUAAACUUGGAUUGUAG